GAUCAUCAGGGUGCAUCCGGCCUCCAUACCGGCGUGAACAGGAAAAAAGAACGGGACGUCAACGAUUAUAACUCUAAAACAUGCACUGAACACUAAAAACAUUAAAUCCAUACAGUGGAGACCGAUUUCAAUUUUUUGAGGACGAAUACAAAGGAUUCUGUCGUGAGCGAAAGAAAGUUAAACCUCCGACAAUGCCACCGAAAUACUCCAUUCACUGAACAGAAAAUAUCUUUUCUUUUCUUCAUGAUAAUAUCAGGACAACCAAUAUACUUAAAACCAAAAAGCCAGUUCGCGGUAGGUGUGCCAACAAAAUCCAAUCUCAUUAAGUAUUUGGUUUAAAUUUCUCAUAUAUCGUAGAUGAUAUCUAGGCGCUUUACAAUUUAUCCGCAUAUUUCCGGGAGUUUGUAGCUAUUUCUGACCUAUUUCGAAUGAAGCUAUUUUCGAACUUAGCUUUGGCGUCAAAUUAUUGAAGUAACCAAUCAGUGCGACUCACGAAUAAAAUAAAGGCGGCGGAUUUCAAACAAUCUCCUCGCAACCGGGCUAACGGAGUAAACAUUCGCGACGUUUUGGCAUUUGUAUUUCGAAAAUUUGUUAAAAUAGAAGCACGAUGAGGGAAAUAGUUCACAUUCAAGCCGGCCAGUGCGGCAAUCAAAUAGGUGCAAAAUUUUGGGAAGUGAUUUCUGACGAGCACGGAAUAGAUCCGACCGGUACGUAUCACGGAGACUCUGACCUGCAGCUGGAAAGGAUCAACGUGUACUACAAUGAAGCGACGGGGGGCAAAUACGUCCCUCGGGCCGUCUUAGUAGAUCUAGAACCAGGCACCAUGGACUCUGUUCGUUCCGGGCCGUUCGGGCAAAUAUUCCGACCAGACAAUUUCGUUUUCGGACAAAGCGGAGCCGGCAACAAUUGGGCCAAAGGCCACUACACGGAAGGAGCGGAACUGGUCGAUUCGGUGUUGGACGUGGUGAGGAAGGAAGCGGAGGGUUGCGACUGCAUGCAGGGGUUCCAGUUGACCCACUCGUUGGGAGGCGGUACCGGGUCGGGCUUGGGCACCUUACUGAUAUCCAAAAUAAGGGAGGAAUACCCGGACCGAAUCAUGAACACGUUUUCGGUGGUACCGUCGCCGAAGGUGUCCGAUACCGUGGUCGAGCCGUACAACGCGACACUAUCCGUGCACCAGCUGGUGGAAAACACGGACGAGACGUACUGCAUAGAUAACGAAGCGUUGUACGAUAUCUGCUUCAGAACGUUGAAGCUCACUACUCCCACUUACGGCGACCUGAACCACUUGGUGUCAGCCACGAUGUCGGGAGUGACCACCUGUCUGAGGUUUCCCGGUCAGCUGAACUCGGAUCUGCGCAAACUCGCCGUCAACAUGGUACCGUUUCCGCGUCUGCACUUUUUCAUGCCAGGUUUCGCGCCGUUGACGUCACGCGGUAGUCAGCAGUACCGCGCACUCACCGUUCCCGAAUUGGUACUGCAGAUGUUCGACGCGAAAAACAUGAUGGCCGCUUGUGACCCGCGUCACGGCCGCUACCUGACUGUCGCGGCCAUUUUCCGCGGCAGGAUGUCGAUGAAAGAAGUGGACGAGCAGAUGCUCAACAUCCAGAACAAGAACAGCAGUUACUUCGUCGAAUGGAUCCCGAACAAUGUCAAAACUGCGGUCUGCGACAUACCUCCGCGCGGUUUGAAAAUGUCCGCCACCUUUAUCGGCAACUCGACGUGCAUUCAAGAACUGUUCAAGAGGAUUUCGGAACAGUUUACCGCGAUGUUUCGCAGGAAGGCGUUCCUCCAUUGGUACACCGGCGAGGGCAUGGACGAGAUGGAGUUUACUGAGGCGGAAAGUAACAUGAACGACUUGGUGUCCGAAUACCAGCAGUACCAAGAAGCGACGGCCGAGGAGGAGGGAGAGUUCGACGAGGAAGAGGAAGGGGACGAGGGGGAAAAUUGAGGGCAAUAUUUCCGUACCUACUUAGUAUUGGUGUGAUAUGAGUUUAACUUUGGACAUCGUUAAUAAAUGUUUAAGCAAAUUGUAAUGUAUUUUCGAAUGUAAACGCGAAUUGAAA